AUGGCCGACCAGCUCACCGACGACCAGAUCGCCGAGUUCAAGGAGGCCUUCAGCCUCUUCGACAAGGACGGCGAUGGUUGCAUUACUACCAAGGAACUUGGGACUGUAAUGCGGUCACUUGGGCAAAACCCAACUGAGGCAGAGCUGCAGGACAUGAUAAAUGAGGUUGAUGCUGAUGGCAACGGAACUAUCGAUUUCCCAGAGUUUCUCAACCUGAUGGCUCGCAAGAUGAAAGACACUGACUCGGAGGAGGAGCUUAAAGAAGCUUUCCGCGUGUUCGACAAGGAUCAGAAUGGCUUUAUCUCUGCUGCUGAGCUCCGCCAUGUUAUGACAAAUCUCGGUGAGAAGCUGACUGACGAAGAGGUUGAUGAGAUGAUUCGCGAGGCUGAUGUUGAUGGCGAUGGGCAGAUCAACUAUGAGGAGUUUGUCAAAGUGAUGAUGGCCAAGUGA